AUGAUAACGGCCGCGCUGCUGCUGGUCGCCUGCUGGCCGCUGCACGCCGAGGCGGACGUGUCGGAGCUGCUGGCGGCGCCGCCCGCCGACGCCUUCACCAGCGACUUCCGGCAGGCUGGCGAGUCGCUGCCGCAGCCGCAGGGCCCACCAGUGGACGCGCGCUUCCUGCAGAGCGCCGGCGCGCCCAGGGGGUUCCCCGCGCGCCCGCCUCCGCCCCCACUAUCGCCGCUGGCGGGGCAACCGUUCGGCGACUUGGUUCCCACUCGGCGAGUCUUCUUCAGGCUCGGCGACAACCCGCCACUGUCGGACCUCGAUGGCCUCACGGCUCGUGCUGCCAACUGCAGAGACUCCGGCUCGUGCCCUGAUCCCCUGCAGGUGACAUCGUUCCCCAACCCCAACAACUUCUUCAGAGGAUUCCCUACCGCAGCACCAUCCGACCCCGUGCAGAGUUUCGCCAACUUCCCCCCGCCACCAGAAUUUUCCCGCUCCCCUGUCAACUCGGUAUCGCCUCGCCCGUUAACUGGAACCUUCCAGAAUCAGGCACCCUCACAGAUUCUGAUGGAGGCGCGUCCGAAUGUUUCGCCUGCUACAGUUUCAUUUCGCACUGCUCCUCAGUUUUCUAACAACGCUCCCCUUGCGCAGCUAGCCUCGAGAUCUGACUCUCCGCUAUCAUUUUCCAACAACGCACCUCCUAUGCAACUGGUCUCUAGAUCUGACGCUCCUCGCUUGUCAUUUACAAACAAUUUACCUCCAGCUCAACCCAUCUUCAGAUCUGACACUUCCAGGGUGACGCUUCCCAACAGUGCACCUCAAACACAGAUGGGCUCUGACGUCCCACGGCUGUCAUUUCCCAACAAUGCACCUCCAGCGAGGGUUGUGUUCAGACCAAAUGCUCCUCAGCUGCCAAUUUCAAAUGGCGCAUCGCCAACGCAGCUGUUCCCCAGAUCAGAAGCUCCUCGCCCGCCAAUCUCCAACACUGCGGCUCCAUCACAAGUGGUGCCCAGCUCUGGCGCUUCUCGUUUCGCACCAUCCACGAGUGCUUCUUCAUCGCAGCUGGUCUCCAGGCCUGAAGCGUUUUCUUCACCACAGAGAGUAUCGAUUUCAAACAGGGCUCUCUGCACACCAGAGAAUCCAUGCAACUUCCCAGCAAUCUCAAACGAAAUAUCUGCGGAAAAAGAGACACCAGCCAACUACCAGUUCAGCUAUGCAGUCCAGGACGCCGCCUCCGCCUCAGAUUUCGCCCACGAGGAAUCUGCGCAACAGGAGGGCAUCAAGGGCCAGUACCGCGUGCUGCUCCCAGACGGCCGGCAGCAGGUCGUCUCGUACAGAGCCGACGAGACCGGCUUUAGGCCGGAGGUGUCUUACCAGUAGCUCCACGCCUCACUACCGCCAGUCGACCAGCGGGAGGAGAUAUCUCACCAGCAGCUCCACAACAGAACACCACCGGCAGUUCCCCCCUCACCGUAACGGUUGACGAAACAGUUACCGCUGCAACGACGUGCUUUGCACGAUGACGUUGGCGCUGCACGACACAAGAACACAAGCCUUGAGAAGUGUUGCAGUACCAGAUUGCGUUAACAAAUACCUGCGGCAGAGGAGAAUGGAGCAGCUUCUCAGUACCGAAUAUGCCAUCGGACUAAUACACUUGUGAGGUGCCACAGUAAGAUAUUUCAUGUGGCUUC